GCUGGUUCUGAGCAUCUCUCUUACUCUUGUCCUUGUGGAUGUUGCAAGAGUUGAUGUAGCAUCUGACCCUGCUGCAUGUCUCCGCCCCCACCGCUGACUGGACCCAUCUGAUACUGCGAAAUCAUGGGCUCUGGCUUAAGUGGUUUGAUCCACAUCGAACCGUUCAGGCGCACUGAUCUUACCGCUGGCUUGCUGGGGAGAAUAUGGCUCUGAGCUGGAGUCUGGAGGGGACUCAGACCACUAACAAAGCGGAAUGUGAAGAAUUCCGAUGUUAGUGUUGGGAAAACCUCUGCUACGUUUCCCUCCUAAUAGAUCAACUCAGGGUUCAAAUCCCGCCCCAGUGGAUAUCCCGACCUGGAUCUAGGUGUCAAUGCUGGUUUAUGAAAGAUUAGGUCUCAGUCAUGAGAAAGAGCUGUACCAGGCCACCACACACAGUUAUAGUCGCCCACCAGCACUGAACGCGCCGGCCGACCUGAGCAGCUUACCUACACUACAUGAAUAUUACAGAGCGAGCGAGAGGGAUUUAUAGAAAGUCUUUUAGGUAUGCUAGGAAUGAUCCCCUGCAUUAGACCGAGGGAACAUACGAACCCCCUCUAAGCAGCUUAUGACCGCACACUACCAGGCAAGAGACCAUUUCUCAGUGUUCUUAUGUCACCAGGGGUUUCAAUGCCAGUUAUCUUUAGAAACACAUGUGAUCUCAUGCGUCUCCUCUUCAGUUUCAGGGGAGAAAUUUCUCAAAGGAGAACCGUGCUGGGAUUUGCCAAGAGGGCGCUGUUUACUCACGAGCGCGUGAGAUUGACACGCAGUGGUGAGGGAAGCAAGAUGGCGACUGGCAUGGCAGGAAGGAACACCGUUGUUAUCUCAUCUGUGCUGCUCCAGAUUCUUCUGUAUCUGUCAGCAGGUUACAGUGUGUUGUACUUUCUGUCCACCCUCUCCAUGAUCAUCUACAAGACUGAAGUGUUGAGUUACCCUGAUGGUCAACUCACUCUUGAUGUGUGUCUGCUGUUUCUCAUGGCUGGUCUGGAGGUCCUGAGGGUCUACUGGGGGAUCAGAGGAAACCUACAGGAGAGCGAGGGGUACCUGGGUCUGAAUCUGAUCGCCACGGGGGCCACGGUGCUAUUGGCACUUUAUUAUAUCAUUUGGCAGUCGUAUGUGCUGCGAGCUGAUGUCAUCAUUGGUGCCAUUCUGCUCUGCUUGUAUGGCCUUACUGGAAUUGUGGGGUUCGGGGCUCUGGCACGUUUCACAAGUUAUUCCUGACGCUGACUCAUCACAUCUGCCUGGCUACAGCUCAAGAUUGUUAGACAUAGACUACAUUUCCCACAAUGCACCACAUCAUCUGCUACAAGCUAUGAAGCCAUGGGGAGGUGCCAGAGAUUAGUUGCUAUGCAACAACCUUUUAUUUUCUUACCUGUAAGUGUAAACAUAGCUAAUGAACAGUUUGUAUUUGUUUGAGCUGUUUUUGUAAAUAAACUCAUUAACUUUAAGUCAAAUGAUAAUUAACUCUUCAUGAACUACACACACAUUUGCUCAAAUAUAUAAAGAAUGUUUUAUGUACUAUCGCUCUUCUAAAUGUUUAUGCUUCAGACUUGACUUUUUGCUGUGCAUGCGAUAACAAAUGUAUCAGAAUAUCGUGUAAACAUUGGUGUUUUUGGUUUUGUCCAGUAAACUAAACCUCACCACCAUUCUAGCAAUGUGAAUUGCUGUUUGCAAUACGCAGUUUUCUUAAGACAAUGUGAAAAAUCUAGCUUACGUUUUUAUUUGCUUUAGGCUUACGGUAAACAUGGCUGUUUCUCUCUGAGUUCUUUACAUCUUUAUUGUUGUUUAACUAAGGUAAAUGUUUCUCCAGUAGGGGGUGUCUAGUCGGCAUGUCAUUGCUUUCAUUGUAGUGUGCCUGUCUGUGCUUGCACAGUACAUGAUUUAUUGUUUAAAAUCAUUCAACUGUCAUAUGAUAUGAUGUUUUUUCCUGUGAAGAAUUACUUUAGUGACCCGACGUUGACCCUUUUUGUAAACUGUUAAUUUGCUACAUGUAAAUUUCUCUCUGUUCUCAAAUGCACGGGUUCAGCAGACCCCAAACAACCAGGUUUAAGCAUUUCAGUCUAUAUUACAACAUAAAUAGUAAUCGUGUUAUGCAUUCUUUUGGAUGGAUUUCAAGGGCAGAGAAUAUGCUCUUUUUCAGCGGUUAAAUGAAUCCUGGGAAAGUGAUAGUUUCUAGGUGUCACAGUUUUGCCCUGUGAUGUUAAUUAUAAACCAAAACUCAAGGUUCCCAAAGUCAAACAUUCCACUGGCUUGUGUGUAUGAACUGUAGAUCAGCAACCAGUCUGCAUACCAGUGGAUUUAAACAUUCUUUGUGUGUUUGUGUUUAGAAAACAAGUCUUUCUGUUAGGUUUUGGUUUGUCAGGAUGUGGUAAUAUUU